AUGAUAUAUUUCAUCCAUAGAAAAUCAAGAGUAUAUUGGAUAUUAUUAUUUAGCAAGACGUGGAUUUGGAAAAAGUUUCACGAGGCUUUAAAUUUUAUGUCAAAUAAUUAGCCUUAAAAGUUUAAAUUUCUUUUUGA